AUGGCGGUCCGUGCUCAUCUCUGUAAAAUCUGUGGUCGUGGAUUUUUGAGUACGGCCAUCGACAAGGGUUACAGAAGUGUCACCAUUCAUUCGGACUCUCAGUUCGUCCAGGAUGCGAUCACCGGAUCUGAAACUUCCAGAGGUUUCUUCCGACAAGUUCUAUCGAAAAACCAAGUGACUUCUGUACAAGUUUAUGAGCCAAAUCAGGAUAGUUUGUCGCCAUGA